AUGAGGUGGUGAAGUGAGGGAGACCGCGCAGCCCUGCCCCAGGAUCAGUCAGUGUUGAAGUGUGAGUGAUGAUGUGGUGUGAUGGUGCUCGCGGGCGGGGUGCAGCGUGACCAUGCGCGGUGUCACACCGCGGGAGUGUGCAGGGGGUGACUCGCAGGGCGGCCACGGGUGCUGCUCGGCCAGCCCGCUCUGCCGACCAUGACCAUGCAGGCCGCCAUCAUGCUCAGACUCGUGUUAGUGUUAGUGCUACAGUGCCUGUUGACUAAUGGGCAGGGGCCGGGGCCGGGGCCAGGGUUUGAUGGGGGCGUGGAGGACAAGCUACAGGCACGGGCCGUGGACACCCGCGUCAAGUUCUUUGUGAUGGAGGGCAACCCGCCCAACACCUUCGUGGGUGUCAUCCCCCUCAAGCCUGGCUUCACCUACCGCUUUAAUGAAGCACCCAAAGAGUUCACCCUAAACGGCACUACUGGAGAAAUUCGCACCACGGGCGUGCUGGACCGUGAAGCCCUCGCCACUGACCGCUUCGACCUGGUGGUACUGUCCUCGCAGCCCACUUAUCCUAUCGAGGUGCGGAUUAACGUCACUGACAUCAAUGACAACUCGCCCAGAUUUCCAGAGCCGUCCAUCCAUGUCACCUUCUCUGAGAGUGCCAAUGCUGGCACUCGUGUCAUCCUCGACACUGCUACAGACGGAGACGCCGGCGAUAACGACAUUACCACCGAGUACAAAAUUGUGGAUGGAAAUGAGGAUGGAAAGUUUAAAUUACAAGUAACAAUCAAUCCUUCUGGAGAGACUCCAUACUUGCACCUGGAGACGACGGGCAAGUUGGACCGCGAGACCCGAGCGAGUUACCAGCUCAACAUCUCGGCCCAGGACGGGGGCUCUCCGCCUCGCUACGGAUUCUUGCUAGUCAAUGUGUCUAUCCUGGAUGUCAACGACAACCCGCCCAUCUUCGAUCACAGUGACUACAUCGUGUCGCUAAACGAGUCUGUGCCACCCGGCACUUCUGUGCUACAGGUGCAGGCCACUGACAACGACGUGGGCGAGAACGCACGACUUACCUAUUACCUUGCCGAGUCGGAAACACAGUUUGCCGUGGAUCCUGAGACCGGCGUCAUCAGCACCGUGGAGCCGCUCAGUUGUUAUCAAAACUGUCAGCAGCUUCAGCCGUGCCCCAAGAGUUGUGUGUUCACUGUGUUCGCUCGAGACCACGGGUCGCCGCUCCAAGAUGGCCGCACUUACGUCACCGUCAACCUGCUGGAUGCCAACGACCAUGACCCGGUGGUCAACUUCAGAUACUUCCCCACAACAGCUGACUUUGCCACUGUGGAUGAAAAUGCGCAGAAUGGGUCUGUGGUGGCUGCUGUGUCUGUCAUUGAUGCAGACGAAGGCCCUAACGGGGAAACUACGGUAGAAAUAAGAGCUGGCAACGAGCUCGGCCAUUUUACACUCGAUUCUAAGUCUGGGUUUGACAUUGUACGUGUGAGUGGUGUGUUAGACAGAGAGAAGAUAAGUAAAUACAAUGUAACAAUCGUGGCGACAGACAAGGGCACGCCACCCAGAUCGUCCACAGCCUUCCUUAUCAUCCACGUGAACGACAUCAACGACCACGAGCCCGUCUUCGAGAAGAGCGAGUAUUCAGCGGUGCUCAGUGAAUUAGUUCCCAUUGGCACUUAUGUUGCUGGAAUUACUGCCAAUGACGAGGACACAGGUGUGAACUCUAAUAUUUAUUACGCCAUCGUCUCUGGCAACGACAACCAGUGGUUUGACAUUGACCUUCAGAGCGGCCUCAUCACCACCAAGGCGCCUCUCGAUAGAGAGGUCAAAGAUUCCAUUGACCUGAAAAUUUCUGCCAGGGAUGGCGGCCCCAAUCCAAAGUGGGCUUAUACGCAUCUGAAAAUAUCAAUAUUGGAUGAAAAUGAUGAGAGGCCGACCUUCGCUCGGGAAAUAAUCAAUGUCAGCCUAUCUGAGAACACGUCCCCAGACACCCUGGUCACCUUGGUGUUAGCUGUCGAUCAUGAUCAAGGCACCAACGGCAGCGUCACUUAUAUGUUUGACCAGGAGGUGGAGCACAAUUAUCCAGGAAUUUUUGCUUUGGAUGUUUCCUCUGGUCGCCUCACCACCAAAACAAAAUUAGAUCGUGAAGCAAUGCCAGAGUACGAGAUAAAAGUGGUAGCAAAGGAUCAAGGAAUACCUCCUUUGUCCUCCACAGCCACUGUACUGUUGCAAGUGCAGGACGUCAAUGAUAACAGUCCUGAGUUUUAUCCUCAAAAAUAUUUUGUGGUGGUGCCUGAAGACCUUCCUCUCGGAUCCUCCGUCGUUCAGGUAUCAGCAACGGACAGAGAUGUUGGUGAAAAUGCCGUCACCACAUAUGAACUCAUUGCUGACGAGGAGAACGACAACACCUUCGAGAUUGACCCAGACAGUGGCGUGCUGAGCCUCAGCGGACGCUUGAGUCACAUCAGGAAGGCCCAAUACCGCCUUACCGUGGCUGCCAGGGAUGCUGGUGACAGGAAGGCAGUAGAGGAUGCAACUGUGGAUAUUGUGGUGGAGAGCAACCAGAUCCAACUUCUGGAGUUUGAGCAAAGUGAAGGAUAUGUCUUCUCACUUCCGGAGGACGUGGCUAAGAAGGAGCCGUCCGUGGGACGGGAAGUGGGUGUAGUGAAUGUGCCUAACUCAGCCUCUGUUGGUGAGGUGAGCUACGCUAUAAUUGCUGGCGACCCAGACAAGGUAUUUGCCAUUGAUGAAAGAACGGGCGCCAUCAGCACAGCACGCCGUAUUGACCGUGAACAGGCUGCCUACUACAGCCUGCGAAUAGUGGCGACUACCACCUCAGCCUACGGGCGGACGUGGGUCAACAUUACAAUAGAGGAUGUCAAUGAUAACCCUCCUAAAUUCCCCAUCACGAGAGCCCAUGCUACUGUGGCUGAGAACUGGCCCGUGGGCCAUCAGGUGUAUCUUGCACGUGCUUAUGACAAUGAUCACGGUGAAAACAGCAAAAUAUCAUAUAAUCUUUCCAAUAAUCCUGAUGAUUAUUUUACCAUUUCGAGAACCAGUGGCAUGAUUUACCUCAAUAAGCCUGUCAAGUCCAGCAAGUCUAGCAUCUUCCGGCUGGAAGUAGCUGCCACUGACGCAGGAACACCUCCACUUUCAUCACGUCAGAUUGUCACCAUCACUGUGGAGGAUGUUAACGACCACACCCCAAUCUUCGAGCACGGUUCUUAUGAAACGUCUUUGCUAGAAUCUACUCCAGUCAAUGACAGAUUCUUUGCCCUUACGGCCUCUGAUGAAGAUGAUGGAAUGAAUGGGUUUGUUUCCUACGACAUAACAGAGGGAAAUGCUGAGCGUAAGUUUGGAAUCUUCCCUGACGGGUAUCUAUAUGUACGAAGCGCCCUGGAUCGCGAGGCACAGGACUAUUUUGCAUUGACUAUCGUGGCGCGUGAUCACGGCACUCCUCCGCGAUCCUCCACAGUCUCAGUUGUCAUCCACGUCAUAGAUGAGAACGACAAUGCGCCUGUGUUCACAAACUCUACUUUUACUUUCUAUCUGGAUGAAAACGAGCCGCCUGACACCUACGUUGGAAAGCUGACAGCGGUGGACAGGGACAAAGGCAGGAAUGCUGAACUGACUUACUCCAUUGCCACGAACCAAAAUGAGUUUGUUGUUGAUCCCAAAAGUGGUUUCCUAAAAACUCUACGUUAUUUUGACCGCGAGGAGCUUGUGCAGAGAUUGGGGGUGGACUACAUCACCAUGGAGGCCGUGGUCCUGGACAAUGGCAUCACGCGCCUCAGGGACAAGGCCAAGGUCAACAUCUAUAUCACGGACGUCAACGACAACCCUCCCAAGUUCCUGCGGAAGCCAUACAGAGCAGAGGUGCUUGAGGGGGCUCUUCUCAAUACCCAGGUGAUACGUAUCUCCGCCACGGAUGCUGACGAAGGGCUCAAUGGUGUGGUGCAGUACACUAUUGUUGACGGCAAUGAGGAGGGACGCUUCAAAGUGGAUGAGAAGACAGGCCAGGUGACACUUGCACGACCACUUGAUCGAGAAUCAACCCCUCGUUAUCUGCUGACAGUGGCGGCGGCAGAUCAGGGCAGUCCAGGUCUCACUGCCACAGCCACCCUCACAGUGGAUGUCCUGGACGAAAAUGACAACGCCCCAGAAUUUACACAAAGCGAAUCAGAAAUAUCCAUCGUGGAAACAACUCCCGUCAACACAGUGCUGGUUCAGUUCCAGGCGUCUGAUGCAGACUUGGGGGUGAACAAGGAAGUGUCAUUCAUGAUUGGCGGCGGUAACAUGCAGGAAGCUUUCCGUAUCGAUACUAAGACUGGCACGCUUUAUCUCGAGCGGUUGCUGGACUUUGAGAAGCAAAGUAUGUACCGCCUAAACAUCACUGCUGCAGACGGUGGCUCACCACGCCUCACAUCCACCAUAUCCUUCGUGGUUCAUGUCCUCGACUAUAAUGAUAACCCUCCCGCCUUCCCAAACACGGCCAUAUGGCGGCGAAUAGUGGAGGGUAUUCUACCUAACACCCCUAUCGUUACUGUGACGGCAGAAGACCCUGACUCUGGCGACAAUGGCAAAAUAAAAUACACUAUCAAAAGCCAGGAGCCGCCUGGCAUGCACUUUGCAAUCGACGAGAAUACUGGCAAUGUCUCCACCCUGAAAGAUAUUGAUCGAGAGUUUUCAGACACCUUCCGCCUCACUGUAGUUGCCACUGACCAGGCAGAGCCAAAGUCAGCUCGCCGGUCGGCAGAAAAGCUUGUAACGGUGAUAGUGCAGGACAUCAAUGAUAAUGCACCGCGCUUCGUGUCCAUGAAUGCAGGCGUGCUGUACGAGGGCUCGCCUUCCGGCACUGAAAUCAUGCGAGUGUCAGCUAGAGAUCUUGAUGCCAACACUAACGGCCUCGUGACGUACUCCAUGGUGUCAGGAAACAAAGAUAUCUUUCGUCUGGAUCGAAUAACUGGCGUGCUCUCCGUGGUGAAGGAGCUCACUGAUCCCAGUAUCAUGUACUCCGUCACUGUGCGGGCCACUGACGAGGCAGUGCAGUCUCAACGGAAGUCUUCGGAUGCUUACCUCACCAUUCUGAGCGCCUCCUCCCAGGAAGGACCCAAGUUCACCCAGAACUCAUACUCGGGCUCAGUACAAGAGAACUCCGACAUAGGCACCUCUGUGGCCACGGUCACUGCCCGUCUGGGCUCCACCCCCAGCACAGACAUCGCUUAUUAUGUAGUGAAUGUGACGAGUGCUGACGGCCAGCCCAUGGACCGUAUGUUCACCAUGCAGCAACAGCAGCAAGGUGUGGUGGUGACCGCUGCUGUCCUCGACCGUGAAGACGGCCCCACCAAUUACUUGGUGACGGUGGCCGCUGUAGUCACUCAGGGACACACGCCUCGCCUCUCCACUACUCAGGUGAUGGUGACGGUGCUUGACAAGAACGACUCACCGCCCUCCUUCGGCGACUCCCCGCUGCGCUUCACCGUCUCGGAGGACAUGCUGGCGGGGCGUCGCAUCGCCGUACUCAUGGCUACCGAUCCCGACACACCCGGCACCCUCACUUACUCCAUCGUGGGCGGCGACGACAACAAGUUCACUCUGGACGCCGCCACGGGCCACCUCAGCCUGCAGGACACACUGGACCGCGAGACCAAGAGCGAGUAUGACCUGACGGUGCGGGCGGACGACGGCGUGCAGCACACAGACACCACCGUGUACAUCGAGGUGACGGAUACCAAUGACAACCCACCGGUGUUCCACGAGCCUGCUUACUCCUUCGACAUCCCCGAGGACGCUGAUAGAGGAUCGCAGGUCGGGCAGGUGUCAGCGUGGGAUGCAGACGAGGGCACCAACGGCCAGGUGUCCUACACGGUCAUCUCAGACUGGGGCAACGAUGUGUUCUCCCUCAACCCUCAGACCGGCGUCUUCACCCUCACCUCCAGAUUGGACUACGAGCAGGUGCAGCACUACAUCCUGGUGGUGCAGGCGCAGGACACCGGCCGCCCCUCCCUCUCCUCCACCGUCACCGUGUACUUCAACGUGCAGGACCUGAACGACAACGCGCCCAUCUUCGACCCCAUGAGCUACUCCGACGAGGUCUUUGAGAACAUAACUGUGGGCUCCUCGGUGCUCUCCGUCUCGGCCACUGACCAGGACUCCGGCCUCAACGGGCGGCUCGAGUAUACCAUCUCUGGCGGCGACGAGAAGGAUCAGUUCAGCAUCAGCCCCAACGGCACCAUCACCACCAAGGCGCCGCUGGAUCGGGAGGACCAGAGCUUCUACAACCUGGUGGUGCGGGCCUCCGAUAUGGCCAUGCCGCCCCUCGCCCGCCUCUCCUCCACCGUGCAGGUCACCAUCAUCCUGCGUGACGUGAAUGACAUGGCGCCGGAGUUCGUAACACCCAACGAGACGGUGGUGGAGGAGAACACGCCCGUCAACACGGUGGUGAUGGCCGUCAAGGCGGGGGACAGAGACGAGGGACGCAACUCCUACAUCGAGUACUCCCUCGCGCCUGUCCCCGGCAACCGCUUCGCCCUGGGACCCGUGGACGGCUUGCUGAGGAUUGUGGCACCGCUGGACCGCGAGGAUCGAGCCAACUACUCUCUGGUGGUGACAGCCCGGGACCGAGGCAACCCUCCCAACGCCCACACACUUACCAUCAGUCUGCGUGUGGCAGAUGAGAACGACAACUCUCCCAUCUUCGACCCCAAGCAGUACUCGGCCAGCGUGCCCGAAAACGCCUCCAUCGGACUGUCGGUGCUGCAGGUGUCGGCGACGGAUGCCGACGACAGCCUCAACGGUCGCGUCCGCUACACGAUAGUGGCGGGCGACAAGAACCGUGAUUUCUCCAUCAGCGAGGACACGGGCAUCAUCCGCGUGGCCAAGAACCUCAAUUACGAGCGGCGGAACCACUACCUCCUGACGGUACAGGCCGAGGACUCCGGCGCUGACGUCCGCUACGAUUCCGCCACCGUCACCAUCUCCAUCAUGGACAUCAACGACAACGCCCCAGUGUUCCUGGACUCCCCCUACCUCGUGUACGUAAUGGAGAACAUGGCUGCCCUCCCCGCCCCCAUCGCCACCGUCACCGCCUUCGAUGCCGACAACCCACCGUACAACCGCGUCAACUACCUGGUCAAGGAGGGAGACAAGUCCAUGUUCUCCGUCAACGCCACCUCGGGCCAGAUCAGCCUGUUGAGGGCGUUGGACAGGGAGGAACGGGAUCAGUACACCCUCACCGUGGUCGCCAUGGACACCGGCACACCACGACUCACUGGCACGGGAACGAUCUCAGUGCUGGUGCAGGAUGAGAACGACCAUGCCCCAAGAUUCGAGAAUGAGGUGUAUCAGGCUGAGGUCAGCGAGUCCGUGGAUCCUGACACCCAGGUGGUCGCCGUGGCUGCUACCGACAUGGACUCCGGUGCCAAUGCCAAGAUCAGAUAUUCAUUGGUGGAGGGAGCUGCUGGAGUCUUCAUGGUGGAGGAAUGGACUGGCAUUAUCCGCACAGUGGCUCAUCUGGAUCGGGAGAAGGUGGCUCGGUAUAUGCUGGUGCUGCAGGCUCAAGACUCCUCCUUGACUGAAGCCCGCUCAGCCACCACACAGGUUAUGGUGACUGUGACAGAUGAGAAUGACAAUGCACCAACCUUCACCCAGAGCCAGUACCUCAUCCAUGUGCCAGACCCCAUGGCUCCAGGAAACUUUGUAUUUGGGAGUGAGGCCCUGGACCCUGAUGAUGGUGCAAAUGGACGAGUCACUUACUACCUCUCUGGCAAUGAUGCUGAUAAAUUCUACAUGAACCAGGAAACAGGUGUCAUCAAGGCAUCAACAGCACUAGCUGGGGAAGAGGAAUACCAACUGGAGGUUCUUGCAACUGACUCUGGAGAGACACCACUCUCCACCACAGCCACCUUGCAGGUCCACCUCAAACCAAACACUCUGUUCCCAGUCUUUGAUGCGCUUGAGAAAACCUUCAGCUUCAGUGAGGCAGCACGUGGGGAUUUGGUGACAACCCUCACUGCUGCAUCUCCCAAGGCUGGUCCCAUGAGUGCUGUUCGCUUCAGUAUUGCUGGCGGAAAUGUGGGCCAAGCCUUUGUUGUCGAUGAGAACACUGGUGAGCUACGCAUCUCACAGUUUGGUCUGGACUAUGAAACAGCAGCACGAUAUGAAGUGUGGGUGGCUGCACAAGACUCUGAUGACCCACCUCUUGCCUCUGUAACUCAACUUGUGGUCAAUGUCAAUGACUACAAUGAUAAUGCACCUGUGUUUUCACAGUCAGUAUAUAAUGCCAGCAUCCUGGAAGCACAGUAUCCACCCCAGUUGGUGGCAACAGUCACUGCCACUGACAGAGACUCUGGCACUAAUGCUGAGGUUGUCUACCAGCUCCGCAGAGACUCGCCAGCUGCCGAGGCCUUCACACUGGAUGCUGAGACUGGCCGUAUCUACACCAAGAUCCAGCUCGACCGAGAGGAGGUGGAAGUGUAUACACUGACAGUAGAGGCUGUGGACAAAGGCACUCCAGCACAAACAGGCACUGCUAUGGUAGUUGUUACUGUUCAGGAUAAAAAUGAUAACCCACCACGUUUCACCCGUUUGUUCAGUGUCAAUGUGACAGAGAAUGCUGAAGUGGGAACAUUUGUAAUCCAGGUAACCUCAAGUGACAGGGACAUUGGUGAGAAUGCUAAUGCAACCUACAGUUUUACUGAAAACCCUGGUGGCAAGUUCUACAUUGACUCUGUGAGUGGCAAUGUGACAGUGGCAAGAGCCAUUGACCGGGAGCUCAAUGAUGAAUACCUACUAAAGGUCUCUGCUGUGGAUGGCUCAUGGCGUGCAGAAACACCACUCACCAUAACUGUGCAAGAUGAGAAUGAUAAUGCCCCAGAAUUUGAGCAGAGUUACUAUGUCUUUAAUUUCCCAGAACUGCAAAGAAAUGUGGCUUUUGUAGGUCAAGUCACAGCUACAGAUCGUGACAAGCAAGGUCCCAACAGCAUAAUUUCAUACUCGCUCAAAUUCCCUUCAGAUUUCUUUAGCGUAGAUCCGGCAAGUGGGGACAUUUUCUCAAAACAAGCACUACAAUACAAGCACACACUCAAGGGUCCCUCUCCAGAGAAUCAAUAUCAGCUGGUGGUAGUUGCCACAGAUAAUGGGAAGCCACCCAUGUCCUCAGAGAGCUCAAUUGAGAUCAAUGUAGUGGAUGCAAACAACAAUCCACCAAAGUUCUUGCAAGAUCGAUACUUCACACCUGUUCCUGAGAACUCUGCUAUUGGGCAGUCUAUCAUACAACUUGAAGCCAUAGACGAACAUGACUUUGGCAUCAAUGCUGAAAUAGAGUACCAGAAGGUGGGUGGCAAUGGCACCGACUAUUUCUUGCUGGAACAGAAGACCGGAUGGAUCACAGUAGCACGGCAGCUGCAGGGACGAGUGGACACUCAGUUUGUGCUGCUGGUGCGUGCCUUGGACCGCGGUGUUCCCCCACUGCAAGAUGAGGUGCUGGUCACUUUGGUGGUGACUGGUGAGAACAAAUAUGCUCCAGAAUUCCAGGCACUCAGUUAUCAGUUCAGUGUUCUGGAAAAUGAGCCAUUAGGUAACACCAUUGGCACACUGCUGGCCAAGGAUGGUGACAAGGGUCCUAAUGGUAUUGUACGUUAUUCCAUCACAAGUGGCAAUGAGGCAGGCAAGUUUGCAAUUGAUGAAAACACUGGAGAUGUAACUAUCAUGCAUCCACUGGACUAUGACUCUGUACAGGAAUACACCCUCAACAUCACUGCACGUGACUUGGCCUUUCAGCCUCUCAAUUCCACAGCCCUUCUCACAGUUGUGCUCACUGACAUCAAUGACAACCCACCCAGAUUCAGUCAUGACAAAUAUGAUGCUUAUAUUGCUGAAAAUGCCAAUGCUGGCACGACAGUGUUCAAGCUCAAUGCCACAGAUAUAGAUUUGACAAAGAAUGCUGUGAUCAAAUACUCUCUGGUGGGAGGAGAUGGAAAGGAAUAUUUUUCAGUGGAUCCUGAUACAGGAGUGGUCAUUUCCAAGCGUGUAUUUGACUAUGAGGAAAAGAGCCAAUAUGUGUUGAAUGUGCGUGCUGCCAAUCCUGAUUCCUCUCAGUGGGGUUCUACCAUCCUCGUGGUGCACGUCACUGGCCGGAAUGAGUUCUUCCCUCGCUUCAUUCAGUCAGUGUUUCAGUUCACUGUGUCAGAGUCAGCUCAGAUUGGCACAUCAGUGGGUGCUAUUCAGGCCACAGAUGAAGACAAAGGAGAGGAUGGGAUGGUGUAUUACCUUCUUGUAGGUGCAAGUAAUGAUCGUGGCUUCCUCAUUCAGCCAACCACAGGUGUCAUUACAGUGGCACGCAGUCUUGACCGAGAAAGCCAGAACAGAGUGGUACUCACUGUCAUGGCCAAGAAUGCUGGCAGCAUUCGUGGAAAUGAUACUGACGAGGCACAGAUCACAAUUUCCAUCCAGGACGGCAAUGAUCCACCAGUAUUCUCCCAACCUCUGUAUGAAACGCGCCUCUCUGAAGGUGCUCUGGUGGGCACGCUUGUACUUACUGUUACAGCAGUGGAUUCUGAUGUGCAACCACAGAAUAACCAGUUCACGUACUCUAUCAUUGGUGGAAACCUGGGACAGGUGUUCAAAGUGGACCCACAGAGUGGUGUGAUUGAAACAACAGCCCAGUUGGAUCGUGAGACCAUUCAAGUCUACAACUUGACAGUGGGUGCCAUUGACAAUGGAUCACCACCACAGACUGGCACCACGCUUGUCCGUGUCAUCUUGGACGAUGUGAAUGAUAAUGGUCCACAGUUUGAUCCUCCUAACAUCGUGGGCUAUGUAGGAGAGAAUGAACCAGCAAUGACCUCAGUGAUGACUCUCAGUGCCACUGAUCCAGACUUAGCACCUAACACACAGCCUUUCACGUACUACAUUGUAGGUGGUGAACACCGUGAAUUCUUCACAGUAGACCAAGCUACGGGGGAGGUCAAGACUACCCGCAGCAUUGACCGUGAAACUACACCAAAGCUCACCUUCCGCAUUGAGGUGGAGGACAGCGGCAAGCCUAAGAUGAAGUCUGAAUACCCAGUGUCCAUCAUUGUGGUGGACAAGAAUGACUCUCCUUCCACACCACGCACUGUCACAGUCAAGGUCCAGACCUUCCAGGGAGUCUUCCCAGGAGGCAAAGUGGCUGAUGUCCAUCCCAAUGAUGCUGAUACAGCUGGUCAAUAUUUCUGUGAGAUUCUGACAGAAGAUGCUGCCAUCUUCUCCAUCCCCAAUGCCUGCAACCUGCAUGCUAUGAGAGUGCCAAGGGACCACACGUACACGCUAAGUGUUUCAGGCAAUGAUGGCAAACACCCGGAUGUCACCUCUAAGGUUACUCUUCAGUUUGAAUCCUUUGACAACAAUACACUGGACAAUAGCCUGACACUGAGACUGCUGAAUGUCACAGCUGAACGUUUUCUUCGUCUGUACUACAAGCCUUUUGUAGACACACUGGUGCCUAUGUUUGCAGGAGGCCAAGUCCGCAUCUACUCUAUGCUGGAUGUUGACUCCCACACAGACCUGACACUCUCAGUGGCCUCUCAAGGUGGCAGCUCCUUCCUCCAGCCAGCUGAAGUGACUCGCAAACUUGCAGUGGAGGAACCCAGCCUCACCCAGUCUUUGCAGGGACUACAGAUGAUUGUUGACUACAACCCCUGCAGUGACACACCUUGCAAGAAUGGUGGCGAGUGUUCUCAUGGCAUUCAUGCUUAUGGAGAAACAGAGAUCACAGAUUCUCCCAGCUUCAUUUUUACAUCAUCACUCAUUCGCCACGAUGUGUCAUGCAGAUGUCGUCAGGGCUUCACAGGGUCAAGGUGUGAACUACGCCAAGACCCAUGUUCACCUAACCCUUGCCAGUUUGGUGGUACCUGCUCUAGGAAGAGUUUCCAUUUCAUGUGUACCUGUCCCCCUACUCGCCAAGGACCACAGUGUGAGUUUGACAAGACCAAUGCCUGCGAUGACAACCCGUGCCGCAAUGGAGGUUCAUGUCAGACAACACUGGAAGGUGGUUUCUUCUGUCUGUGUCGACCAGGGUACCGAGGGAACCAGUGUGAGCUGGCCAGCGAGUCCUGCCGUCCUAACCCUUGUCUCAAUGGAGGUUCUUGUGUCUCCCUCAAGCCUGGCUACCACUGUUCAUGCAAGAUUAACUUCUAUGGCACCCAUUGUGAAAAGUCUACCUUCAGCUUUAGUGAACUUUCCUAUAUGACUUUCCCUACCUUAGACUCCACCACAAAUGACAUCUCCAUCACUUUCUCUACCAACAAACCUGAUGCACUUCUUGUCUACAAUUAUGGUCUUCAAACGGGUGGUCGCUCUGACUUUGUGGCCAUUGAGCUGAAAGGUGGACAGCCUCGCUUUAGCUUUGGUGGAGCAAGAACAGCCAUCUCCAGGAUCCAAGUGGAGAAAUCAGUAUCAGAUGGCAAGUGGUACAAACUGACAGCAACUCGCAAUGGGCGGGUCAUCUCCCUCAGUGUUGCUUCCUGUACCCACAAUGGAGAGACGUGUGAUGAAUGUCGCUCCAAUGAUGGCACCUGCUACAGUGAUGACACAGCACGCACUGGGACACUUAACUUCAACAAUGAGCCCAUGUACCUGGGUGGAGUGAUGACAGUUGAUCCCCUACAAGAGCGGCCAGGUCAAGUUCUUGCUGAUGACUUCAUUGGAUGCAUCCAGACAGUGUCUAUAAAUGGUCGGCCACUUAAUCUCACAGGUCCCAUCCAGGCUCGAGGGAUCUCUGACACGUGUGAACGAGUGGCUGACGUGUGUGCAGGGAACCCAUGUGGUGAGGGUGCCACCUGCCUCGACCGCUGGUCCACUCACAUGUGCCGCUGUGCCAAUGGUUUGGUGGCACCAGACUGUGAAGCAUCCCUCCGCCCUGCCUCUUUCACCCGUGGUGCUUAUGUAGAGUUCCUCAUAACAGAACAGCACCGCCGCCGCCAGCUGCUGCCACGCCUCUAUGAGCAACACUCCCGCUGGUCACGGGAAGUACGCUCCCGUCACUCUCGCCAAGUGUCACCUCCGCCACCCAAGAGCCUCUCCUUCAGCUUCCGCACCAGGAUGGAAGAUGGACUCUUGCUGCACUCAGCCACCAACAAUGACUUCACACUGGUGGAGGUACGCGGAGGACGGCUGCAGUACACUUCCAAGCUGGGUGCCAAUCAGCCCAUCAAUAUGACUAUUCCAGAAAUGUCAGUCAGUGAUGGGGCUUGGCACAACCUCACCCUGCUAGCUGCCCAGGCCACCUUCAGGCUGGUGCUGGAUGGUGUGCCUGUUGGUGAGGAGCUGGAUCUUCCUUACAUUCAUGACUUCCUGGAUGCCUACCUCACUUCCCUCACCCUGGGUGCUGCCCCUCGCUUCUCUGGUCAGCUCCCCUACACUCCUGUCGGAUUUGUGGGCUGCAUGUCAACCUUCAGUGUAGAUGGAGAGGUCCAGCCGCUCAACUCAACAGGAUCACUGCUGGAGGCUGUGGCACGUGGAGUGUCUCUAGUGACAGACUGUACAGCUGCAGAUCUUGGCCCUGCUGCCUCCACUGAUCCUCUUUCCAUUGGCAUUACUCUUGUCAUUGUCUUCUUUGUCCUACUGCUGGUCGCCAUUCUGGUGUCAUUCAUUGUGUACCGUGUACGCCGCCAACGCCGAGAGAAGAGUGGAGUGCACGUCAAGCAGAAUGGAUCAGCACUCUUAGCCAACACCUCCUCAGACUCUGGCAGAUCCCCACAGGACUCAGGCUAUGUGGAAAGUGCUGAGAUGACUGAUGAUGUCCUGCGCACCCACCUCUCCCAGGAGCUGGCCACCAAGAAAUACAAGGAGAGAGACCAUGACCGACCGCAGAGGCCAGACAUCAUUGAGCGGGAGGUGAUGAACAAAUCUCCAGGUGUACCACUACGUGUGGAUGAAUCUCAACUGCAGGACCGUGAUGCCAUGGCUGGACUGGGCCACAUGCCAGACUCUGAGGCACCAGAACACUAUGACUUAGAAAAUGCUUCAUCCAUUGCACCCUCUGACAUAGAUAUUGUGUACCAUUACAAAGGAUAUAGGGAUGGCAAUGUCCGAAAGUAUAAAACUAACCCACAUGUGCCUGGCUACCACAAGCACAACCACCGCCACUCCCCACACAACUUUCCCAACACUCCACACCGCGAGAGUCCCCGCAACCUAAUGAGGCAAAGUCCCAACCCUGUGGCACCACGAGAAUCUCCAUCUGUCCUCAAAAUGCAGGCUACCACACCCCUUGCCCGCCUGUCUCCUUCUUCAGAAUUGUCUCAGCAGACGCCACGCAUCCUCACUUUACAGGAUAUUAGUGGAAAGCCCCUCCAGACAGCACUGUUAGCUUCCUCACAGGGUCCAGGGGUGAAGGAUGUGAUGUCCACAAGUGAGAGAUCUCUCAACUCACCUGUGUCACAUCUGUCCCAGUCAUCUGGGUCAAUGCAUGCAUCAUCUCAAUCUACUAAGAAGAAAAAGCAUGACAGCAGUGUUAGCUUGGGCCUCACCCCAGAGGAGAUAGAACGGCUCAACACACGGCCUCGCAAUUCCUCCCUUGUCUCCACGCUGGAUGCUGUGUCCUCCUCCAGCGAAGACAACCAGAGGAAAGACAAACUUGCGGAGCUCAUUGAAACAAAUACUGAACUCCUGGAGCCUCCAGAUUCUUCCACUGAUGAGUCUGGCAAUGACUCCUUUACAUGCUCAGAGUUUGAAUAUGAAAAUAACUAUGAGAAAGUGACCCGUGACUUUGGCCCGGGAAACAUGAUUUUCAGCAAGCUGGCGGAGGUGGACAAUGAGAACGAACACGACAAUGAAUCAGCCAAAAACUAUGAUGGUUUUGAUUCUUUUCGCGGCUCGCUCAGCACCCUGGUGGCGUCCGACGACGACCUGAGCAACAUGAGCUCCUACAAACCCCCAAACGGCUCCACAUUCGGAUGGGAUUACCUGCUCAACUGGGGUCCCAACUUCGAGAGCCUGGUGGGUGUGUUCAAGGACAUUGCCGAGCUCCCAGACAACACCACCAAUGGACGAGUGAGCACCCGGGGCACUCCCAAACCCAACGAGGAGUAUGUAUAGCGGUGGCUGCAGCUGAGCGAGGCUUGUGUCACCAGCCGCCAAAGCUUAUAGGUUAUAAGGAGGAACAAAAGAAACCUAGGUUUCCUGGAAACAGAAUCCCCUGCCAUCAUCCCCGGUACCCACUGGGGAGGACUCUGGCUCCAUGAGGGAGACAGAUAUAGGAAUGAAGAGAGUUCAGAUGGGAAGCCUUGCCCAUGCCAAGGUCUUCAGGCUUCUGCAGUGGAAUCCAGGACCAUCCACCUUACCACUCUUCCCAUGACAGGCAUUAUCACCACCACACUUAUGACGGUGUAAAGUCACUACGCUUCUAGUUCAAACCAUGGCGCCUCUCUGCUCUUGGCCAGCUGAGGACGUUCAAAUUGUUUGCUGAUGAAACAACUGAUAUGCAUUGCCCAGGAUUAUGUACAGAAAAGUGACUGAACAUUAGUGGGCUGUGUCCUAACGUGAGGUCUUGUGAAAGUGGGAUAAUGACUUCAUCACUAGAACUUUAUUUGAACUGAGGAAAAAGUGACAAACCUUUGUGAUGAAGUCAGUGACACUGUGGGAGAGUCUGUGAUGCAAGAUCUGUUUGUUAGCUUGUAUCAGAGCCUAUACCACCCUAUGUUUCAUUGUCAGUGAAUAUCAAACAUUGUUAUAUAUAUAUUUUGUAUGUAUGCAUUUAUAUUAAGGUAUACAUGGAUAUAUACAAAUAUAUAAAUAGUAUAUGUGUGUGGUAAGAAGUGUGUUGACCUUUUAUUGACAAGAUACUCGAGUUCAUGUUGCCAAAACUGUUAUGAUUGUUAAUAUUAGAUUCUGGUUUGCUGUUGCCAAAUACAGUCUGUCUUUGUCUCCCUUGUGGAACAGAGCAAGUCAGUCUUUGUCAUGUGAAUUCUCAGAGGCCAAAUUUGUUUACAUACUCUUAUGUAAGUUUUACUGUAUUUUCAUUUACUUGUAACAUUGCCAUGCCUUUUGACUACUGAACUUAAACCUGAGCCAGGGCAGCCAUGCUACAUGUGAUCAACUCUUGUACCUGCAAGAAGAAUUUUGGUUCUUUCACAUCUUACCUUUCAUUUUUUCUUUCAAUAGUAUUUAAACAUCAUUAUGAAAACUCACCUCAGUGUCCUCCACUUGACUCUCCAGUCUACACCUGUCCUUCAUUCACCUUUAUCUUCCGUCACAUUCAUACUUGACCCUCACCCUGAGCCUCCCACCCCACACCUGCCCUGUGCUCAGGCAGCCGCAACAAGAAGGUUCACGCCCUCACUUGUAGGACCAGAAAAUAUUCAUCUCAAACAGGUGUCAUGGUGCUUAGUAAUGAGAUCAUUAGUGUAUGAAUCACCCAGAUCUCUCUCAUGGAUACUGAUAGUCUUGUAAUUAUUGUGUAGAGAGUGAUCCAGCUAUCCAAAUUUGCUGAAAGAAUGUUUCACUGAAGAGAGUGCUAAACCUCAACAGCAGUGGACCGAACAGUGUACUAUAUUAGAUUAACAGUAUGGCUCUUGUACAUUCCCCGCCCCGUGUACAUAAUCGACUUCUUGUACAGUAUAUCUCGUACGUCAAGCCACGCAAGGUGUGCCAAAUUGUUUGUUGUUGUUAUUUUUUUCCUGUAUGAAUGGCGGCGAGAGGUGUUGCGAUGUCAUGCAACAUGUGAUGUAUAGUGAUAUUGUAAUAAACCUUUGUAAUGUGA